AUGGCUACCCCUAGGCUUCCGUUCCUUUACCCGAAUUUGAUACGCGCCAUUCGUUCCUGCGAACCGACCACUUUCCGCUCCAUUCGCAUUCCGUCCACUAGUUCCUCGUGUCAAAAUGCCUCCUUUCACUCUAGUCGACGACGGAAAGCACAGGAAACAUCGUAUCAUCGACGGUAUGGUCCUGCAGCGGAAGCGAAUUUGCCUCCUCCUGCGCGGCCCAAGGAUGACGCUCGCCCCCAACCAGCCCCGCCAAUGCCGAAAGUUAGCAGCAACAGCAGCAAUCCAUCGAACAAUACUGUCCCGGCUGAACAAUCACCCCCUCGCGACGCUAAAGAUGCCGUCCUUGAAGCAUCUGUUCGGUCUAAGGGUCAAGAUGUGGCAGAGUCCAGCGAUAGAAAAAUACCGCAUGAGCAAGAGCUGCGGCAGGAUUCCUCGCCCGAUACCCACUGUGUAGAGGAGUUCACCCCUCCCGGCGACAAUACCCAACAGGAACGAAACACCCCUCCUCAAUCCCAUCCAUUAGAUGAAAACCUCCUUGAGGGUGUCCUUCACAUGCCAUCUCCAUCGUCCUAUUUAACGCCAUCGGAGAUGCCCGGCUCAGGCGACAAUCACCCCAAUUUGACACCGGCGCCUUAUGCCCACCACUUCGAUACAUACUCUCUCGUUCGUGAUCUCUCUAAGGGAGGAUUUACCGAGGAUCAGUCCGUUACAAUCAUGAAGGCUGUUCGACGCAUCUUGCAUCAGAACCUUGAUUUUGCAAAACAGAACCUGACUUCCAAGUCCGACGUUGAGAACGAAUCCUAUUUAUUCCAGGCUGCCUGCUCGGAACUGCAGUCGUCCCUCCUGACAGCUCGGAGUUCGGAAAUGCAGAGGCAACGUGCUUCUCGCACACAGCUACAGCAUGAAUCCGAUAUUCUGUCGCAACGCUUGAAUCAAGAACUUGCAGGGUUGAAGGACGAUAUCAAGGGCAUGUUCAAUGACCAUAAGAUGAAUACGCGAGAGCAACAACGAAGUAUCGAUACAUCCGUUCAGGAGCUGAACUACAAGAUUACCGUCUCGUUGAAUAGUGACGGUAAAAGCGAAAUCGAGGGACUUCGGUGGAUCCUCACCAGAAGAGCCGCCUUGGCUGUUGCAACCAGUGCCUUUAUGAUUAUCCUCUUUUUGAACUAUUAUUCGGUCCGCAAAACCCAGGACAACGGUGAAAAGAAGAAAGAAGCCCCCGUUAAAGAAAAGACCAAGAAGCCAGUCGUGGUGUACGACUCUCCAGUCGAGCCACCACUUCCAGUCCCUGAACUACACCUUGGGGAGACAUUAGGUUGA